GAAGAAUAUUCUAGAAUAACAUGAGACGUGUAUUACACUCGUCUACCAAUAGGAAGACGACAUUUGGACCGAGUUGCAACCGGCUUAUUCGUGAUUUGUCGAUUUGCAUUGCGUGGGUUCAUUUGAUUGGUGGAUGUUUGCGUUUGCCUGUUACUAUAUUAUAGCGUCACGGGUAGAUUAUAUGACAGUCGGUGUAAAACAGCGGACGAAGGUGUAUAAAGUGAAUUCGAAGAUAUUUUCGCUUUUUUUCUUCCAUUAUUCGUGAACCACUCACGAAAGCAAUGAAAAAGGCGUUAAUAUUGUUAUCGGUCCUGUUCCUCUUGGCAGGAUUUGUUAGAGCAGAAGAUGAAGUCGAGGAAAAAGUUGGAACCGUGGAAAACGAUCUGGGGGCCAGCCGCGAAGGAUCUCGAACAGAUGAUGGAGUUGUUCAGAGGGAAGAAGAAGCGAUAAAAUUAGAUGGACUAAAUGUGGCUCAAAUGAAAGAACUAAGGGACAAAGCUCAAAAGUAUAUGUUCCAGACUGAAGUCAAUCGAAUGAUGAAACUCAUUAUAAAUUCUCUCUACCGGAACAAAGAUAUUUUCUUGAGAGAAUUGAUAUCAAAUGCAUCUGAUGCUUUAGACAAAAUUAGAUUAUUAUCUCUUACAGAUAAAAAUGUUCUGGAUGCUAACCCAGAACUAGCAAUUAGGAUAAAGACUGAUAAAGAAAAUAAGAUAUUAAGUAUUAGUGAUUCUGGUAUUGGUAUGACUAAACAUGAGCUGAUUACAAAUUUGGGAACAAUUGCUAAAUCUGGAACUGCUGAAUUCUUGGGCAAAAUGCAAGAUGCUGCCAAUGCUCAAGAUUUGAAUGAUAUGAUUGGUCAAUUUGGAGUUGGCUUCUAUUCUGCUUUCUUAGUUUCUAAUACAGUAAUUGUUACUUCCAAGCACAAUGAUGACAAACAAUACAUUUGGCAGUCUGAUAGUAGUAGCUAUAGUAUUAUUGAAGAUCCAAGGGGAGACACAUUAAAGAGAGGCACAACAGUUAGUUUGCACUUGAAGGAUGAAGCAUUAGACUUCUUGGAGGAAGAUACUAUUAGAAACUUAGUGAAAAAAUACUCACAGUUCAUUAACUUCCCUAUUUAUCUCUGGAGCAGUAAAGUCAUUCAGGUUGAUCAAGAGGAAGAAGAAGCAGAAGAAAAACCAGUAAAGGAAACGGAAAGUAAGAAAGAAGAGGAAUCUGAUGGCGAAGAUAAAGUGACGGACGAAGAGGAUGAUGCGAAAGUAGAGGAAGAAUCAGAAGAAGAAAAGAAGGUGAAAAAAAUAGACAAAACUGUAUGGGACUGGGAACUCUUGAAUGAUUCAAAACCUAUAUGGACUUUGAAACCAUCUGAGGUUGAAGAGAAAGAUUAUAACGAGUUCUAUAAAACACUCACAAAAGAUACUCAAGAUCCUCUCGCUAAGAUUCACUUUGUUGCUGAAGGCGAAGUUACUUUUAAAUCGCUUCUUUUUAUUCCCAAAGUUCAACCGAGCGACAGCUUCAACCGCUAUGGCACUAAAGCAGACAAUAUUAAAUUAUACGUAAGACGAGUAUUUAUCACCGAUAAAUUCACAGAUAUGAUGCCUAAUUAUUUGUCUUUCAUUCGCGGUAUCGUCGAUAGCGACGAUUUACCAUUGAAUGUUUCUCGUGAAAAUUUACAACAGCACAAACUUAUCAAAGUGAUCAAGAAGAAGUUAAUAAGGAAAGUAUUAGAUAUGAUAAAGAAGAUUCCUAAGGAAGAUUACGACAAGUUCUGGAAAGAAUACAGUACUAACAUCAAACUGGGUGUAAUUGAAGAUGCUCAAAAUCGAGCCAGGCUAUCGAAGCUAUUAUUGUUCCACUCUUCCACACAGAAAGGAACUACAACAUUGUCCGAUUAUGUUUCCCGCAUGAAGCCCAAGCAGCAAUACAUAUAUUAUAUUGCUGGUUCUUCCGAUGAAGAGGUAAAGAAGUCUCCGUUCGUCGAAAGAUUGGAUAAGAAGGGUUACGAAGUUCUGUACUUGACCGAAGCCGUCGAUGAGUACACUAUUUCCGCUCUUCCUGAGUUCGAUGGAAAGAAAUUCCAGAAUGUCGCGAAAGAAGGGUUCUCUCUUGAUGAAGGAGAGAAGGCUAAAGAGAGAAUGGAACAACUGAAAACCACGUUUGAACCAUUGGUCAAAUGGCUUAGUGAUAUUCUGAAAGAUCACAUAAGUAAGGCUCAGGUUUCUGAACGUCUUACGGAUUCCCCAUGUGCAUUGGUUGCCAGCAUGUUUGGAUGGACUGGAAAUAUGGAAAGAUUAGCAAUUUCAAAUGCCCAUCAAAAGAGUGACGACCCACAGAAAACGUACUAUUUGAAUCAAAAGAAAACUCUAGAAAUUAAUCCAAGGCAUCCACUCAUCAGAGAAAUGCUUCGUAGAGUAGAAGUAGACACCAAUGACGAAACAGCAAAAGAUAUCGCCUUAAUGAUGUUUAGGACAGCUACUCUUCGGUCUGGAUACAUGCUUAGGGAAACUGCUAGCUUUGCAGAUAGUGUAGAGCAACUAAUGAGGAAAACGCUCGGUAUUUCUCUCGAUGAAGUUCCUGAAGAGGAGGAGAUACAAGAAGAAGAAUCUGCUUCAGCGGAAACGGAAGCAGAAAGUGAAUCCGAAAAAGCCAUGGAUAUGGAUGAGAAUGAGGAGGAUAAGGACGAAGAAAAGCACGAUGAAUUAUAAUCAAUAAUUAUAUUGAAUAAGACUAAUUUUAUAGUUGCAUGACUAUACAAUGUAUAGUCAUACAGUUAAUCCAUUUAGUUGUGCAACCGUUAUUGUUGCAAACAAAAAUGAACUCUUGUAUAGAGAGAAAAAGAGAUAAAUGUACCCUUUGAUGUUUCUUUGUAGUAUUUCAUACGUUUUUUUUUACUAAUGUGUCGAUUUCAAUGAUACGUCAAAGGAUGUGAUAAAUAUUAAAACGCGAGUUGUUUCGCUAAUUAAAUUUUUCACCAUAAUAUAUUUAGUAGUAGCAUCAUAAGUUGCAUUUUCUUAAAGGGUUAUAAUUUAUUUCAUUUGAUCUUCCACCCUUUUAUACGAUACAAAAACGUUAUCGACUGAACACAAUGACUCUGCAGUAUGUUUGUGAUGUGAAUGAAUGUAUUUGUAUAAAGAAUAUUAAAAAGAUUAUUGAAAUAAUAUAAACUUUUUAUGUUA